CGAGUGUAAGAAAAGAGAAUAACUAACUAAUGCACUAACAUUUUCAAAUAUUUCUUCGAGAAGUGGAAGAAAUAAAGAUCACAAGUUUAAUUAAAAAUUCGUCCAUUAUGAAGACCGCUAUCGCACUAUUGUAUUUCGUCUUCGUAGUUGCAGUAUGCUCCGAUGAUUCCGAUGAUUCCGUGAAACUUCGGAUAAUUAAUAAGGGAGAGGUAGCAAAGAUUGGCGAAUUUCCUUAUCAGGUGUCUUUCAAUACCUACGGAGUAUCAGUAUGUGGAGGAGUAUUAAUUUCACCGAGACACGUGCUCACUGCCGCCCAUUGUGUCAUGAAUUAUUUGUCGGAGGAAUACCGUAAUACCACAAAAAAUUAUUAUACCAUCGAGGUGGGCUCCAUUAAAGUUGGAACUGGAAAGCAAUACGGCAUCAAACGUAUGUCGCAUCAUAAGGAUUUCUUUUUGAUUAUGAGACCAGAACCAGAAUUAGUGCGAAAUGACAUCGCAAUGAUUCAUCUCAACGAAUCGGUCAAAUUCUCUAAAAAUGUACAAGCGAUAGCGGUGCCGAGCAAACCAUCCAAAGUCAAAGACGGCAUGUUCGUUAUUACUUCUGGCUUCGGACAGAGCGCAAGUUAUUACGAUGGUAAAUUGAAAUAUUUUUACGCUAAAACGGUUGAUUGUGAAAGUUCCUUCAAGAACCGCACGUACUUCAACAAUAUCUGCACAAAAUUCACCAAGGGUUACGGAGUCUGUUACGGAGAUAGCGGCGGUCCUCUGGUGGACAUCCGUAAAAAAGUAUUGCUAGGCAUUACUUCUACCUCGGCAGAGGAGUGCGCAAGUGGAGUUGAACCCGACGUGUGGGUCAAUGUUUCGUACUAUCUGGACUUCAUAAGAGAAGAAAUGAGACACAACGCGACGAAUAAAAGCAGUCAUCCAGGUUUGGAUAUCGAUUGGUCCACGCCACCUACUUCAAGCGGAAGAUAAGCAAGACACAAUUUUCCGGCACAAUUUUUCGUCGGAAAUCGGUGCUCUUUCGGCAAAAUCAGCAGCUGCAGUAGCGCAAUGAUAGAAGCCGCGAUACAUCUACCAAUAUUAUAGCAUAAUUAUAACACGUGCGAUAUAUCUCAACGACUUUCAUAAUCAGUGAUAAAAGAUCCGAUCUUUAUAUUGUUUAUACCAUUUUUACUGGCGCAGAUGCGUGUUUGCGCUCUGGCGUCCGACGCACGCAGAUUGAUAGGAACUUUUAAUGUAUAGGAAAAAUUUACAAGUACUCGACGCCGAUAGUUAAACAAUCGACUGCUAUCGCAGCUCAUCAUCCUUAUACAUGCGGGUACAAUGCGUCGGAUAUCUCGUGCCGAUAUUUUCACGUGCUUCUCUAUGCCAUUCAACAGUUGAGAGUUUUUUUAAACAAAUAUAUGGCGCGAUUACGGUCGCAUAGUCUUAUUUUUUUGUUUAUUCCCUCGAU